AUGAUGCACAAGAGACGUCAAGACGGAGGUUCCACUCUUCCAUUGAAAAAGAGGAUUCGAAGAAAGCAAGGUGUGAGCUUUGGUCGUAAUACCUGCCGCUUGUACAACGCCAACAUGAGUGAAAAGGAGAGGAGCAGGGUUUGGUACAAAGCCGAAGACUACAAAAGGAUUCAGUCCGAUAUCCAAGCCGACCUGCGUGGCUCUGUGGCCAUGCACAGAAGCAAACAUCAAUAUAUGGACAGAAAACCAAGUGAGGACCUCUGCGUCCGUGGACUAGAGUCUCUGCUGAGCGGUCCAAUGCAUUCCAAAAGACAUCGCCGUCGCUACUUUGUGGACUACUUUCUUCACACGCACAGAAACAUGAAGGUUACGAAUUCGGACGAACUACGCUCGCUGGCUCUUUCUCUCAGUGGACACGACCAAAGCCGUGCACAGUACAUUGCCGAUUAUGAUGCUUACGAAGCCUACAAGGUGCACAACGAAUCGAGAUUGUUUCAGCCCCACCGCGAUGUCAUGGCAAUGGAGGCAUUUGAAGAGUUUGACAAUGUACCCAAGGCGACCAUUGGGGCACGUCGCGGGGAAAGGAUCAUCGUACCUCCCAUCGCCUAG